CAAGAGCUGCCUUAGUUGGGGAUCAUUUCCUCUACUCUCAGUACCUUUAUGUUUUGAUUCAGGGGUGAUAUUGUGAGGAGAAAUUAGAUGUUAGUCACUCUCGGGGGUUAAAGGGUUGAAAAGGAUUACAUGUUAACUGCUCACAAGCCAGAUUAGACUGUAAGCAAACUAGGACGUACAAGUUACGUUUUGAAACUUGCUCUUGCAACCAUACCAGCCUGCGUUUUGCACUGUCCAUUUGACCUCUGCUCGCAUAGGUGAACUAUUUUUCAACAAGGUCCUUUGAUAAGUAUCGUAUUGCAAACUUGGAUUCAAGUCUUUAGCUCAAAUCUUUCGUACAAACGCCACGGAGACGCCUAACAUAAUCCUGCUCAAAAAGACUGGGUCGAGUGAUGUGAAGGUUUCGUGACCCCAACGUCCUUCCAGUUCAAACAGUGAGACUCUUGUUUUGAAGGAUUUUCAAAAUUGUUAGGUAAGUUCUUUGCUGUUAUUGUGUGUACAAGUGGAUGCCUGGAUAAUUUAUCGUCUUUUUCCGGUUUAAUAGCUGAGAGAUUAGGAAUAGGCUUUGGCGGUGAAAUUGCACACGAUGCGAGUGGCGGUUCCUCUGGCAUUUGUGUUGGCUACGAUUUCGCUUUACUAUUGGAAACACGGUCUAGUUAGUCAAUCUUGAUCCUUAUUCUGUAGUUUAACCGUAAGAGUAAUGUUGGUGACCAAAUUGUAACAACUUCAUGCGUUGAUACCGCCAGAUAUCUAAUUUUUUAAAUUGGGGUAUUAAAAUGAAUGUAGGUGACGCCGGCUUGAUUUCCGUUGUUUGCUCGUCUAUGCUUUCUCACUUCCGACCAUGGUUCCUCGCGUUUCACCAUCGUUUGGCUAUAAUGUAAAUGUGCAAACUUCAAGACCAGUGAAUGAAUUUUUCAAGUUCGAAUUCUUCAAUAUGCAUUUAAGUCUGCAGCUGGCACUUAUGCUAAAGUAAUGAAUUCCGAGGCAUCCUUUGAUCGUUAUGUUUAAUUUGAAAACAUUUAUCUUCUGGAAAGGCCAUCCGAUUAGUAUUAUCGUUUUCCAGAAAGGUCUUAAGCUCGUUGUCAAGUUUUAAACCUUUGUCCACUUAAUAGUAACAAUUUGAUUUGAGGGCAAAAUACAGGAUAAGCAAUGCUUUACUAUACCUGUUCAGUUCUGCGCUAUGUGAUUAAGUUUGAACCCAACCGGAUUUUUAUGCUUUUGAAUAACUUAAUGAUCACUGGACAAUGGUCAGAUUUUUGGUAUUGAAGUCAGCAGUUAUGGCGGACAGAAAUAACAAAAAUGACAGCAUAUGCGCCUUUUUCUUUUCAGAAUGCAGUCCUGCUCAAAAGCCACGGGGAUACCACAUUGCCGCGAGUACUGUGAUGGGAAUGUUGCAGAGUUUUACUGUCCAGAAUGUGCUGCCAUGUUUUGCAGUUGUUGCUAUGAAAGAGAACAUUGUGGAAAUGAACGGAAAGCUCAGCAUGGGAAACUAACUGAACUUAGAGCAAUUUGCAGUGAGCACAAACACACUCUUGAUUAUUUUAACCUGACCCUGCUUCGACCAAUGUGCAUCAUUUGCAAAAAGGAGAGCGUGCUUUCACCUGAACGUGCAAACCAUGUUAUUGAACACAUAGAAACAAUUGUACCAAAACUGAGAUCUCUCAUGGAAAAGAAAUUACAAGAUGCUGCUGAAUCAAUUGGAAAGAUAGCAUGUCAACUCACCAAUGUUGAAACUUCAGCUCGCAGUGGGAUGAAUGCUUCAAUCAGCCAUGUUCAGUGCUGUUUUGCUAAGUUGCGGCAGAUACUGGAUGAGAGGGAAGCCCAACUCAUGCAAGAUACGAAAAAGUAUUUUGAUGAGUUCCUGGAAAGUGGUGAAGGAAUAGUACAAGCAAGAAACACAUUAAGAAAUCUCAGGACUCUCUCUGAGGAAGGAAAAUUGCUUUUGAAUAAAGAUCCCAGAAGCCUUGUGGUAGAAUUUCCAGCAGUCUUCAUGCGUCUCAAAGAACUGUGUGCUUUAACAGCCAAUGAAUGCCAGAUGAAAAGCCUUAAAAUUGCAAUUUAUUUUGGACAAGACAUAGUAAAACAGCUAAGACAAGCUGGGGUUAUGAGUGCACAGUAUUCUUCUCUGCCUAAAGACAUAAAAUUGGGGAAUGGACAGCAGGAGAACUCAAAUGAUGCAAAUUCUCAGUGCAGUUGCAGCUCUAUACAGGAUUAUCAUACAGUAGAUGUUGAUACAAAGAGAUGCAUGCCAGACUCACCUCAGAAACCUUGCAAAGAACCUACUUCUAAACGAGCUGAGGAAAUUGAUGGGACAAUUGACUUCAUAGAAGUGUGUGACAAGUCACCAAUCUCAAGGAUGUCAUUAAAAGGUGUUUCAGGUGUAAAGCGGCACUCUUCUGAUCUGUCUGGAAGUCCUCUCCAGGAAACUACACCUAAGAAAACCAGGAAGAUUGAUGCAACUAGUAAUUUCCCUGAAGAACAUGAAAAGUCACCCUUAUCAAGAACCCCAGUGAAAGCUGUGACAGGAACAGCAGGCAGAACCAUGCAAUCACCGUCACCUUUAAAGCUAUCCAAGCUGAACGAAUUGAGGGUCUUAUUGAAAAGAUCACCACAGCACAGCUCUGUUGCCUCUCCAAAUAGCAAAACUUAUGUGGCAUCACCAAGAAGAAAAAGAGGAGGAGCAUUGAGCAAAGAGUUUAUGAAGUGUGACAUAAUUCUAAAAGAAAUAUGGGCCCAUGAUGAAAGUAUUCCAUUUGUUCGACCUGUGGAUAAAAAACAGUCACCUGAUUACUAUAAAGUCAUCAAGAAGCCUAUGGACCUGUCUGUUGUAAAAGAAAAAUUGCAUUCUCUUCAAUACACAUCUGUCGUGGACUUCCUAAAGGACAUACGUUUGAUGUUGAACAACUGUAAAACGUUCAAUAAGCCGGGCACGUACGUGUAUGACUCAGGUGAAGAAUUGAGCAAAAUCUUCAACCAUCUGGUACAAGAAAACUUUCCAAACUUUGAAGAAGCGCUUCUGCAAAAUUCGGAGGAUGGGACUGAGUGAUUGAUAAUAGAAAUACUUGAAGACGAAUAAGUAUAAUUGCACUUUGAUUUUAGCAGUGCAAUUGUGAACUCUAAGAGACUUCGAAAGCUUCAUCUCUCUUUUAUUUGGAUUUUAAAUCUGAUAGUUCCUCUGACGUGAAAUUAAUCCUAAGCAAAAAUGCAGCUGAAAUAUUACCUGCAUUUUUUCCCUUUGGAAUCGGAUAAUGUUAUGGACUGUUCGUCAACACUUAAAAUUAACAACAGGCAGAAUAUUAUUAAAGGUAUGUCAAUUCUUCUUGUA